CAGUCCAGCCAUAGUAAACAAAACGCGAUGUUGGUUCGUUGCGCAUUUUUAAUGCAAUAAAAGCGAAAGGCAAGGCGAAAUCACGCAAUUACCGUCGUGCUACCUUUUUUGUCUAAUAAUCCGUAAUCUUGCGUGAUCCAGCAGAGCCCAAUUUAAAGCAUUUCCCAGUGCGUUGUUGCCCCGCUUUUGUAAAAGAAAAAUUCUGCGUAGCAAACAAACCGGUCGGUGCUCUUGUACAUACAUUGUAUAUACACACACAGACACGUUCAGACGCGUACAUGGCUGAGGAAAAAGCGUCGCAGUGCAUUUUGUGUGGCAAAUUAAUUGCGCCCAGAGUCUCGGAAAACAGUAUUGGCCUCUCAAACGCAUAAUUUUCGGCGUCCAUAUGCAACUGCUCUGCCCGGCCUGUGCCGUGCCUCUGCCGCGGGGGUGAGGGUGCGUCCAUGUGAGCCUGUGUGCGUGAGUGCGCGAGUGUAAAGGUGGUGAGCCGAAGCAGAAAGUUCGCGUUUUGUGAAUUGCCGUGCAAACACACAAACAUCCCGCCCACGACGGACCCACCCCCUCCCGCUCCUUCGUUAGCUAGUGUUCCACUUUCGGCUGUCCUGGUUUCCUCACGGUGCAGCCAGGAUAUCAGCUUCUUUGCGGGCGUGUUCUUUGCCCUGUCCCAAUUUCUGAGGCGGAAGCUUUGCCGAUCGAAGAACGUAGAGCCACAAUAUAUUUGCAGCAUGCUCGAGAGCUGCGACAGCAGCUCCUUUCUAUAUUCCCAAAUGCGUCCCGGGCAUUGCGUGAUCGCCGGCUUAUAGGCUUACAUGCGCUAGUUCGUAAAGGACAGUGUCUAGAUGUCGUCGAGCAACGGUGGCCUCAGCAGUGCCACCAAUGGCCGCAGCGGCAGCACCGGUAGCGCAAACAUUAACCUUAGCAUCAAGGGGCAGGAGCGAGCUGUUGGAGCCGCACCUGGGACUGGUGCAUCUGGUUCCACGGCCACGUCAAUUACACAUAAAACACUGCCGGACCUGAAGACGCAGAGGAGUAAUAGCGCCUGCCACGCCCACGAAGCGCUAUCCGCCCUUCGUCGCAUCGCGCUGCCAGAGAAGCCUCCCGAAAAACAGAUCAGCUAUGCCGCGCCCCAAAGCCAGGUCCUGUGCAGAGAGGCUAAGGAGGGCUAUCUGGUCUACUCUGACGGACGGCUGCAUUCUGGUCCGCUUCAGUCGCUAAUCGCUCACAUGGUCCCCACCCAUGAAUACUAUCCGGAUGAUGCCUUUGUUUUUGCCUUUCUCCUUAGCGCCAGGCUAUUCGUGCGUCCUCAUGAGCUAUUGGCGCAGAUCUCGCAGACUUGGGAACAGCAGCAGCAGGAUACGGGCACCAGUGGAGAUAUGGUGGACGACGCUGGACAGGCGCCUGGUCGCCCCAUUCUUCUCAGUAUCAACUCCGCCUCGCCACUGACGCAGCGAAAAGGGUCAUCGGCGGUGGCCGCUCCCAGCUCGGAACUGGAGCCGCGACCUCAGCAGCGGACGAGCACUCAGCGCUCUGCUCAGCAUUGCAUCAGACUUUUGUCGGAGUGGAUCGAAAUAUUUCCGUACGACUUCAGAGAUGAGCGCCUGAUGCAGCAGGUGCGCAUUCUGGCGAGGAAGUGCGUCUUCAUUGACAAUUCGCUGGGCAAACAAGUUUCUCGAAUUCUGCAAUUGCUUGUUUCCCGUCUGACGUCACUGGAACAGUACGAAGAGUUUUUGCAGACACUUAGCUCCGAGGAGGCGCAGAGUCAACAACAGCAGCAGCAUCACCACCACGGGCACCACCACCAUUUGCAAAGUGCCUUUCAGACUUUUUUGGGCACCACUUCGCAUGCCAACGGGGCUAGUGGUGGGGGCUCGACGAGCGGCACCUCAAAUUCCUCCUCCAGCGGUCACACCUCCUCCGCCUCCACUUCCAACUCGAUCUCCACUACACCACAGCCAGACGAAGUGUUCGGCAUCAUGGACAUGUGCUCGAGCUGUGCCAACUUGGCCCACCAGCUGACUGCCAUCGAGCUGGAGCGAUUGUCGCACAUCGGACCGGAAGAGUUUGUUCAAGCUUUUGCUAAGGAUUACCAGCAGCAGGCCAAGGAAGGCAACAAGGAGAGUAACAAAGGCAAGAGUAGUGGAGGCGGCAGUGUUUCAUUGAACGAUAUGAAAAAGACACGUAACCUGGAAUCGUAUGUGCAAUGGUUCAAUCGGCUCAGCUACUUGACCGCCAGCGAGAUUGUCAAGUACCCUAAGAAAAAACAGCGUGUGCGCAUCAUAGAGUAUUGGAUUGAGACAGCCCGCGAGUGCUUUAAUAUUGGCAACUUUAAUAGUCUGAUGGCCAUAAUAGCUGGUCUAAAUCUGGCGCCCAUAGGCAGACUCAAGAAGACGUGGGCCAAAGUGCAAUCGGCCAAGUUCUCCGUGCUGGAACAUCAAAUGGAUCCAACAUCGAACUUCAACAGCUAUCGCUCUACUCUGAAAGCAGCGAUGUGGCGCUCAGAGGGUGCUACCGAGGAACGCGAACGCAUAAUCAUUCCAUUCUUUAGUUUAUUUGUUAAGGAUUUGUACUUUCUAAACGAGGGCUGUUCCAACCGGCUCCCGAACAAUCAUAUCAACUUCGAAAAAUGCUCCCAGCUGGCCAAACAAGUGAUGGAGUUUAACGAGUGGAAGAAAGUUAACUGUCCUUUUGAGAAGCUGCCCAAUGUCAUAACCUAUCUUCAACACAGCGCCGUGCUCAAUGAGAACACUCUUUCGAUGGCAUCCUUUGAGUGUGAACCUCCAGAGAAUACAGAGGAGAAGGACCGAUACAAGACAGUGAAGGCGGAAACAAAGCAACAACUGCUACAGCAGCUUCAAGAGCAGCAACAGCAGCCGCAGUAACCUCUAUGUAGAGGAUAGACUAAGCUACGCUUAAGCGCUUGCCAUGAUUAUUUUUUGUACUAGAACCGUAAGUCCGGGAAAUUUUUAGUUAAAGAUUAUGCGAACGAAAAUUGCAGAGGGUAAAUAAGCCAUUAGCCCUUCCUAGGAAAGAAAGCUUAUGAAGCUAAAGUCUCCAUGUAGUAUCUUGUCAAUAAUUUUUAUGUUUACUCUUUUGCCUCCUCUGUGUGUUCCUGUCCUAAAUAUUCACAUAUGGGCGGCCGCGGGUCUGUUAAAGAGAGCUUCGAAAAGUUGCCAGUAAUUUUAUUUAUUUAUCUAAACGAUUAGGAGGAUGGAAACAACGAACCAAUGUACUUAAAGCCUUAUGGCUAACAGCUAAUGAAACUAAUUAAGUUAUUAGCGUGUAAUAUUUGGUAUAAUUUGAAUCAUAACCAUGAUCAAUCCAUCUGACAAAGCUGCAUGAGUACGCAAUUUUCGUACGUGACCAGUAUUUAUAUUUAUGUAUACAAUUUUAUAGAUAAUUGAAAUCUUUUUGAUAUUCCCAAACGAUUACAUCUGAGUAUAAUCCGAUGCAUUUUACGAUAAUUCUGUCUCGAGGCUUUUCUGCAUCUGCAACUUAUAUCGGCAACUAUCAGGCGCUAAAUAUCAACUCUUUCGUAUAAUUAAGAAAACCAACAGAACAAGUAGAAAAGAUGGUAAAAAGAAGCUUCUUCUCUAUAAGAAUUUGAUUUUUAACAAAUUGCAAGAUUAAGGGGAGGUUCUUUUCUUUUUUUUUGAAAAAAUCGAUUUUUUUUUUUUUUUAAUAAAAUGAAAGUUACAUAUGUUUAGAAUAUACGUGCCAAAGGAUAUUUCGAUACGACGCGUAUUUCUUGAGCUAGAGCGUGUCAAACAUACCCAUGUCACAUGCGCUGUGGUACGCUCUAAAAACUUUAAACGCGUUUUUCUCGGAACCAUGUUUUCAAACCUCUUGUCGCGCACAGGGGUCGUUCUAUUGAUCCGAUUUCCUUCAUUCAAAAACUUUUUGAAAGUAUAUACUUUUUUGUAUGCCUUAUACCUAAAAUUGGCAUAAAAAAUUGUUUACUUAUAAUUUCUAAACGAGAUCGAAGUAAAAAAAAAAGUCCAUUUUUUUUAAAUGUCCAUAAAAUUGGUUUAUUUUUACCAAAAUUGAUUCUAGUUAGGUAUAAGGCAUAGGAAAUUCCAUCAAUUUUAAUAAAUAAUUUACAUUUUUAAUUUCGGUUCACUACCAGCGGCCCGACACUCGACAAAGCAGAAAAAUAGAGGUCUACGAGAUCCGCCAUUUUGAAGCCGCCAUUUUGAAUUUCCUGAAUAUUGAAUUUUUUUUAAAUCGUUAAUAAACAACGAAUCAAAAGUUCAAAAGCAUAAGUUCGUAUGUCUUUUCAUUUUUCCGCAAUUAAUUCUCAAAGUUUGCUUCAUUUUCGAAAAAAAAGAAAAGAACCUCCCCUUAAGUAAUAUUGUGAAUGAAAUCAUAAAUGAUAUUAACUAUAAAGGGACUAAACACAACAUAAACGAUUAAAAAAAUUUCGAAUAAAAAACCAGUUCUCAUAACAAAA